AACUUUUCGCGCAUGCGUGGUAUUGAGUAACAGUGGCACGAUGGCUGCGGACAGUGCCUUGCUGCUGUCUCUGGUAGAGGAAUAUGUCUCGGGAUUACAGGACAGCAAGGCCAAAGAUACAGCAACAGGUGUAAGAGAUGGACAGUUCACAGUCCUGCAGCUGGUGGAGGCUCUGGGACUCAGUCUGACCAGCUCUCAGCCUCACACACGGGCCAGAGGAGUCCAGCUUCUCUCUGAAGUUCUACACGAGUGCUAUGAAGGUCUUACAGAGGCAGAAGUGGAAGUUCUCCUUGCCUUCUAUGAAAACCGUCUGAAGGACCAUUACGUCAUUACACCGCCUGUUUACAAGGGCUCAGAGCGCUGGUUAACAAAAUGCAAAGCGUUGCCUCCUGGCUCAGCUGUGUCAAUGCUGAUCUUGUUCCAGGAUGUUCAUGUUCAGUCACUGAUGCUGACAGAGAGAGCUUGUGUCUACACCAUGCUCAUCAACCUCAUGGAGAGCCGAGAGGCCGAGCUGAAGGGUUUGGGAGCAGACUUUGUGUUUGGUUUCGUCCAAUCAAUGGACGGCGAGAGAGAUCCUCGAAACCUCCUGUUAGCCUUCCAGAUAGCCAACAACAUCAUCCACAGAGGUUAUGAUCUAGGUAAAUUCACAGAGGAGCUGUUCGAGGUGACGUCCUGCUAUUUUCCCAUCGACUUCUCCCCCCCUCUCCUCCCCAACGACCCCCACGGCAUCACUAGAGAGGAACUCAUCGAGACACUGAGGAGCGUUCUCACAGGGACGCCCAAAUUUGCUGAGUUUCUGUUACCUCUCAUUAUUGAGAAGCUGGACUCGGAUGUUCAGAGCGCGAAGCUGGACUCUCUGCACACUCUGACUGCGUGUGUGUCACAAUAUGAACACAAGGACCUGGGAGAGUUCCUGGAGGGACUUUGGACGUCACUGCGCAGGAGAGGUAAAAAACUAGUGUUUCAGACGUCUAGUGAGAAGAUUGAGUCUGCCGGCCUCGCCGCUUUAACCGCAAUCACUUCCUGUCUGUCUCGCUCCGUCCUCAACUCUGACUCUGAAGACUCCCUCUGCACCUUCCUGGAUCUCGUUCUCAAAGAUUGCAAACAUCACCUGUGUGAGCCGGACCUGAAGCUUGUGUGGCCCAGUGCCAAGCUGCUGCAGGCCGCCUGCAGCGCCUCCAAUAGGGCCAGCCACAUCGUUACAGCUGCAGUCAUGCCUUCUCUACUUGAGCAAUACACGAGCCGAACAGAGUGUUCUCACAGGCGGACGUUACUGGAGGUUGUGCAGAGAUUCAUCCAGUCAGUGAGAGCCAGUCAGUCUGCUGAGAAAGAAGAGAGCGUGUUUGUCACCUUCCGUCCCUCCCUGUGCAGCAUGGUCUCAGCACUUUCAGAGAGUAACUCCAACCUGCAGAUCACAGCCACCUCAGUGCUCACUUCAUUAGCACAACAAACAGGUCUGCUGCUGGACUCUGACAUUGAGCUGGCUUUGGAUCACCUGAGCAAACUGCUGCUGACGGAGGAGGACGACAGAGUCAGUCUUGCUGUGGUGGAGUGCUCUGGAGCCUUAGCAGAGCUGCACCCAGCAGCCUUUAUCACCAAACUGAUCCCAAGACUAAAGAAGGAGAUGUUUUUUGAUCCCAUGGAUCAAGACAACAACAGAGCGGAAUCUGAGCAGCAUUCUUCAGCAGUGCGCAAGCGGUGUUUGUCUGCACUUGCUGCAAUGUCCAUCCAGGCCAGUGUUGUCCAGGAGAGCACACCUGUCAUUUUAGAGGUGCUCAGCUCAGCACACGAAGGUAGUGUUAGUUUCUCAGUGGAGGAGGUGGUGUUGGCCUGCAGCAGCCUCCAGAGGAUAGCAGAGCAGGUUCAGGACACUGAGGAGACGGGACGAUGCUUCCAUGACAUCAUCAUCCCGCGCCUGCUGUCGCUGGCACUCCAAGCUGCUCUGCAGGGUGAGGGGUCACCUGGUCAUCGUAGUCCUCUCCUUGAGGAGUCGGUCCUGUCUGCCAUGGUUCCUGUCAUCAGCACUUCAUGCUCGAGGCUGCAGCCCCCGUUGGCAGAACAGACGGCAUCGAAGGCCGUCGCACUCUUCUUGAACGGUGACGUUUCCUCUUUGCCCAACAACUCCUUCCCUUCACACAUCCAGUUGCUCAAGAAGCAGCAGGGGGACUCAUGGAGCCAGUCUCAGCUGGUCUGCCUGCUCAUGGGAUGUGUGUGUUCGUUACCUCGAGGUGUGGAGGUGCCUCAGAUAGAGCAGCUGCUGUCAGAGCUGGAGGAGAUGAGCUGCACCUGCAGUCACCCUCUGUCGUACACCUCGGCUGCGAAGUGCUUCGCUGGCCUGGUUAAUAAAAGGCCACCAGGUGACGACCUCGACAGCCUCAUUCAGAGAACCAUGAAGAGAGUGUGCACUGAGCUGGACUCUACAUCUUCAUCCACACACACCCAGGCGUUCACUCUCAUGACCUGGGUUUCCAAGGCUCUGCUUCUCAGAUACCAUCCUCUGUCUACAGCACUGACUGACAAGCUCUUCUCUAUGCUCGAUGAUGCUGACCUGGGUCCAAUGGCUGCUGAUAGCUUUUCGCUGCUGAUGAGCGACACUGUGGACAUCCUGAACCGUGGUUGCCACGCUGAUGUUCGCAUCAUGUACCGCCAGCGCUUCUUCAGCGAGAAUUCCGCCAAACUUGUGAAGGGCUUCAACGCUGCACCGCAAGAGAAGAAGCCUAACUACCUGAAGGCUCUGUCCAACAUAGUCAACAACCUGCCCAAGCAGGUUCAGAUCUCUGAGCUCCCCGCGCUGUUGACUCUGCUGCUGGAGGCCUUGUCGUGUCCAGACCAGGGUGUCCAGCUGUCCACUCUGUCCUGUCUGGAGCCUGUUCUUGCUGACCCUCCGCCCGCUCUCAUCCAGCAGCUCGAGGCUUUGGUGAACAGGCUGCUAGCUCUCAACUCCAGUCCUGCCAUGAACGUCAGAAUCGUCACGUUACGGUGCAUCCAAGCUGUGUCCCACUUCCCUGAACAUGAGAUCUUACCAUUUCGUGCCAGAGUGCUGCGAGCUCUGGCUCGACCUCUGGACGAUAAGAAGAGGCUGGUGAGGAGGGAGGCUGUUAAGGCUAGAGGAGAGUGGUUCCUGUUAGGAAGUCCUGGAGGAAGGUGAUUUUUUUUCCUUCAACCCAACCAACCCCCCUUAUCCUCCCUUGAGCUCCCUAGAUCUUCCUGGAUGGACACAGAUCUGGAAAGGUCUAACACAAGGAUCAAACCAAGGAUCAAAGCUGUGCAGUCUCACAGCAGCUUUUUCCUCCCUGUCCUCUUUUUGUUGCUCUUCCAGCAUCCCUCCAUCGUCCUACUCACAGCUUUCCUCUUCUUCCUGAAUUUUCUUCGUAACUGACCUUAUAAACGCACAAACACGAGUAAGUGGAGCGGUGACUAAGUUAAAAGAGUGGAAAUGACCAGUUUGUUUUAAUAUGUACCAUGCCUUAUUUAUGAAGGGAUCUCUUUUGCCACGCAUUAGAGGAAAUAUGUCAUUGGGUUGCAUGUUCUUGUUUAUGCUUUUAACAAUAUGAUUUAAAGUGCAGUUUCAAUCACAAAACAAUGUCUGUCAGAAGAGUCCAAAGUUCAUCUUCUAGGUUUGCUCCUCUGUGAGGUCAUUAGCUCCAAAUCCAUCCCCUCCGGAGGUCUGACAAAAAUCACACAUCAAACAGAGAUCAGAAAGAAAUAAAGGAUAGUGUUCGGUAGUGUUGAUGAUGAUUACUUGAAAAAAAAUUAAAAAUUAAAAUCUCACUUAAUUAUCAUUAUCAGCUUUGUUUUUUUCAUAUAACUAAUAAGAUUCUAACAAAACAUUUAGAUUGAGCAUCAAAGGUAAAGUUUUUGAAGUUGUAAAAUUCCUCAUGGCUUCCGUUAAAUAUUCUUCAAAUGUGUCCAGUUAUAAAUGAAGAGAGUUAACACUGUACAUACAUUAGUUGUUGACUAAAGAUGACGGGUGGUCACCUCUGCUGACGUAGCAACAUGUUCUUUCUUUUUAUUUGAUGAACAUUUUGGAAGUUUUACGCUGCAGGACAUAUCAGAGAUCUCCACUCCAGCACAGGUCAACAUGUGGACAUACAGCAGCACUGACCCCAGCAGGCUCCGACACUCUUUAUCGUUAUGUCUGUGUGAAUGUGUAACUGAGCAGUAAUGUCUUAACCAACCACAGCAGGGUGUUUGAUUCGUGCUAUUCUGGUGUGCCAGGUGGGUGGAGUCGUCGUGAUGUGGGAGUAUGUGAAUGUUUCAGUGGGAAAUGAGUGGAGCACUUCUACAUGUCCCUCACCUCCACUGACAGUUUGAAGAUAAUGAAGUGUCUAUGCUGAAUUAAGAUUAUACGUGACGUGAAUUACGAGUCAAACAUCUUCCUUUUACUCAGUGUAUGAGCAAAUAUUGAUGCUUUACCAUAGGUAUUACAUUUCAGUGAGGUGACUGACUUUGGACCUCACGUCAACAUAUGCCAAGGAAAAAGACAACAUUGAAAAUGUCUAACUUUAAAAUAAUGUCAUUAAAAUCUUCUUUAUAAUUAAAAA